AUGUUUACGCUUCUCACGGAACAGCAGUAUGGCAACGGAAACGUUCUUCAGAUCAUGAUGGUCGGCAGCAAGGAGGCGCCUAAGGUUCACCAGCAAGAAGUUCGGCUAAAGGCUCUUUAUCCUACUAUCAGUCCUAUGGGUGCGGGUACUAAAGCAAUGGAAGAAGAGCUCAGCUUCAUGAGAAUAAUUGCCGAGAAGGGGAUGUGA